CGCAAUUAGGCCGGUCACCGUGCAGAUAAAAAGAAGGGCCAUUUCCCUCCGGUGUGAUUGAGACAGACGAACGGAUUUAUAUUUACAACUCGGUCGGUCGUCAUGGGGCUGCCAUUCCUUGUCAGCACCCUCGUGGGUGUUGCUGUCCUCUAUGUCUUGAAACUCGUGUUGUUCCCUAGACGGGCCCUGGCCCCGCUCCCGCCAGGCCCCAAGGGAAAGCCCAUUAUAGGGAACUUGGGGGACCUGCCGCCGCCGGGGCAGAAAGAUUGGGAGUACUGGGCGGGUUUCAAGAAACUUUAUGGUCCGAUUAGCUCGAUCACAAUUCUCGGCCAGACAAUCAUCAUGGUCAACGACCGCCAGAUGUCCAUUGACCUGAUGGAGAAGCGCUCGUCGAUCAACUCGUCGCGCCCGCGCAUGACGUUUGCCGGAGAAAUGGUGGGCUGGGAUGACACCGUCGUCAUGCAGGCGUACUCGGACCGGUUCCGCGCGUAUCGCAAAGCGAUCCACAAGGCGUUUGGGACGAAGCCGCUUGCGGCGCGCUUCAAUUCACUGCAGGAUGUUGAGGUUAGGCGGUUUUUGCUGCGGGUUUUGGAGAAGCCGCAGGAUUUGGUGCAGCAUCUUCGGACGGAGGCCGGAGCUGUCAUUCUGAAGAUUGCGUACGGCUAUAACAUCGAGCCGCACGGGAGCGAUCCUCUAGUCACUCUUGUCAAUGAUGCGAUGGAGGAAUUUUCCUUGGCCGCUGCGCCGGGGAAGUGGAUCGUUGAUACUAUCCCUUUCCUUAAGAAUCUCCCGGCAUGGCUCCCAGGCAUGGGCUUCAAGAAGAUUGCCAACGCAUGGAGAAAAACACUUAUCGAAACGAUCGAAAAGCCGUACAUCUUUGUCCGGCAACAAAUGCGACACGGCAGCUACUCGCCGUCGUAUCUCGCUAGCCUGGUAGAAGAAGGGGCGCACAAGUGGACGGCCGACGACGAACUUUUAGCCAAGUGGUCAGCGGGAUCUCUGUACACCGGAGGCGCAGACACGACGGUUUCCUCUCUCUCCUGCUUCUUCCUCGCCAUGGCGCUCAACCCGGAUGUUCAGCGCAAGGCCCAACAGGAAAUCGACCGCGUUCUCGGCCCGAACAAGCUCCCCUCUUUCGCUGACCGCGAAAACCUCCCUUAUAUCGACGCCGUCGUCAAGGAGACACUCCGCUGGCACCCCGUCGCCCCAAUAGGACUUCCCCACAUGACGACUGAAGAGGACAUCUACGAAGGCUAUCGCAUCCCGAAGGGAUCGAUCAUCCUGCCCAACAUCUGGGAAAUGUUCCACGACCCCUCAGCACACGCCAACCCCUCAGCCUUCAACCCCGACCGCUUCCUCGCCACCGAGAACCACACCCCCGAGCUAGAUCCACACAUAAUCGCCUUCGGCUUCGGCCGCCGCAUCUGUCCCGCCCGACUUCUCGCCGACAAUACCAUUUUCCUGAGCAUCGCGCAGUCCCUGGCUGUAUUUAAUAUCGCGACGACGGAGGAUAUCGGCAAACCUGACUUUACAACGGGCGUGGUGAGCCAUCCCGCGCCGUAUAAAAUUGAGAUUACGCCGCGGAGUGAGGCGCAUGAGGCGCUUGUUCGGGUGAUUGAGGUGGAGGCGCCUUGGGAGGAGAGUCAUGCGAAAGAUAUUGAUGGGAUUGAUUUUAAGGCGUAGUUUUGGGCGGAUGGGGUGGUGAAGGGGUUGGAGGCGGUAUGACCCCCAAAUUGAGUGGUGCGUAUUUUGGAGCAUUGAUUGUGAUGGUCGCAUAUGAAUUUGUACAAAGAUUUUGGGUUAUAAUUAGCAGCAGGUUAGUGAUUGAGAUUUAGAUCUUCAAUAUGGGUAUCCGAGGGCUUGUCUGUCUUCGCGGGAACGAGCAGGUUGACGGUUGUGUGUAUGGAUGGCCAAGGAGCUUACAUUUCUUUAUUCACCGAGUCUAGCGCGACAUGACCUACGAAGCGAGUGCUAGAGAACUGUCAUCAGUGGGUUUGCCAUGAGCCAAAAUUAGGGCAAGGCUGGAAUAG